GCCUGACUCCAGGUGUCUCUCCAUCUAGACAUGGCGCUGUCCUGGGCCCUUGCUGCCUUGAGCCUCCUUCCUCUGCUGGAUGCCCAGAGCCCAGCGUGUGCCAACCUCACAGCAGCGCCUAUCACCAACGCCACCCUGGACCAGAUCUCUGGCAAGUGGUUUUGUAUCGCCGCCGCCUUCCACAACCCAGACAUCAAUCAGUUGGCUGGAAUGCUCCAAGCGGGCUUCUUUUACUUGGAGCCCAACCAUACAGAUGACACAAUACUGCUCAGGGAGUACCAAACCAUUGGGAAUCAUUGCAUCCAUAACUCUACCUGUCUGAAGGUCCAGAGGGAAAAUGGGACCCUGUCCAAACACGAGUCCGGCAAAGAAGAGUUUGCCGAUCUCCUGCUCACCAAAGAUCCCAGGAUCUUCAUGCUGGGCCACUCCCUGAGAGAUGAGCAGAACAAGGGACUGUCCUUCUAUGCUGACAAGGCAGAAGUGACUGAGGAACAAAUGAGAGUUUUCCAUGAAGCCAUCACGUGCUUAGGCAUGCAGACUUCGGAGAUCAAUUACACCGAUGCAAAAAAGGAUCUGUGUGGGCCGCUGGAGAAGCAGCACAAGGAAGAAAGGCAGAAGGAAAAGGAGGGACACACAGCGUUGGAUUAGGACCCUGGGGACCGUGGGGCCCAUCCUCAGCCCUAUGCCCACCCCUUUUGUACGUCAGGUUUUUGUCUCAGGUGCAUCAAUAAAGCUUCUGCCUUUGAAA